UGAUUGGACAGAGUCCAUGUACCAUCGGGAAGACAGCCACUCCUCUCACUACCGCGAAACGACGCGAAAAUCUUAUUAACCACGUGAAUAUAUAAGCGAACAAGUUCCCUCCACGCUUUUAAGUUACCCGCAUCCAUGAGGAAUAGGUUUAUUUUUUUAUGAUGGGAUGCAAUUUGGAUAUUUCCGCCGGGUGGUGCAUUUCGCGGAUUUCCCGCAGAAAUAAUUUUCUGUAAUAUCUUGGCGAAUUUAUUUGAAAGACUUCACGGGACGAAACGGGAAUAGCACAGGAAGGCGUUCAAGAUUUCCCAAAACCUAAGAUCGAUCUUUUACUCUGACUGCUUUGAGUGGCUGUGUGGGAAACGUAUUCGUGCAGCGCUUGCCAUCUACAUGUGUUCUGCUGAACUGACUCACUCAACUGCAUAAUUUGGACCCUUUUGGGCUGUUGAGAAGUUGACAGGCCACGGUUUUGACAAUCACUCCUUCAGUGUGUCGUACAUACUGGACGAGGAGGCAGGAAGGGACGGGGGUGGAAGACCCCAGGUCCCGCGAGGGGCAUCUAAAAUGGGGACAGGAAGUCGGGAGCAGGAGUUUGGUCAGCCAGGGGCCAUGGGAGGGCCCCAGGGACCCAGGCAGCGUCAGCAAGAACUGCCUCUAAGAAUCCUAGUACCCACACAGUUUGUGGGAGCCAUCAUUGGAAAAGAGGGACUCACCAUAAAGAAUAUCACAAAGCAGACACAAUCCAAGGUAGAUAUCCAUCGUAAAGAGAAUGCUGGGGCGACUGAGAAGGCCAUCACUAUCCACUCAUCUAAAGAGGGCUGUUCACAAGCCUGCAGGAUGAUCCUGGAACUCAUGGAGAAAGAGGCUAAUGACACCAAGAUUGUUGAGGAGGUUCCUCUGAAGAUCUUGGCCCACAAUAGCCUUGUUGGGAGACUCAUAGGGAAGGAGGGCAGGAACCUGAAGAAGAUAGAGCAAGAUACAGGGACCAAGAUCACCAUCUCUGCAUUACAAGACCUGACUAUAUAUAACCAGGAACGUACCAUCACAGUGAGGGGAGGGGUGGAGGAGUGCUGUAAUGCAGAAGUGGAGAUCAUGAAGAAACUUAGAGAAGCCCAUGAGAAUGAUGUUGCUUCACUUAAUCAGCAGACUAACAUGAUGUCAGGUCUAAACAUGAGUGCACUGGGGAUCUUCUCCUCUGGCUUGUCUGUUCUCCCCCCAACCUCUGGUCUGCGUGGAUCUCUGUCCACCCCUGCCAACUACAGCCCCCUGCUGGGACCCUCUUCAGUAUUGGGGGGUAUGUAUGGGGUUCCCUCCUCUGGAGCAUUGUCUCUUCAGCAAGCAACUGCUGAACAGGAAGUGGUCUAUCUCUUUAUCCCCACUCCAGCAGUAGGAGCUCUCAUCGGGAAGAAAGGGCAGCACAUUAAAGAGCUGGCACACUUCGCUGGAGCCUCAAUAAAAAUUGCUGCACCAGACAGUCCUGAUGAGCCUGAGCGGAUGGUCAUCAUCACUGGACCACCAGAGGCUCAGUUCAAGGCACAGGGGAGGAUAUAUGGGAAAUUGAAAGAGGAGAAUUUUUUCACAGCUAAGGAAGAGGUGAAGUUGGAGGCACAUAUAAAAGUACCUUCAACCGCCGCCGGACGAGUCAUCGGGAAAGGUGGAAAAACGGUCAAUGAGCUACAGAAUCUCACCAGUGCUGAGGUCAUUGUACCACGGGACCAGACACCAGAUGAGAAUGAUGAAGUGUUUGUUAAGAUAAUUGGACAUUUCUUUGCCAGUCAGACGGCCCAGCGCAAGAUCAGAGAGAUCGUACAACAGGUCAGACAGCAAGAGCGGAAACACCAGCAAAUGGUGCCAACAUCCUCACAACCAUCAAAAUGAUCAGCAGAUGCCAGCAAGCAGCAGCUAAUGAAUGUAGCUCAUGCGAGGACAAAUUGAAAUCAACGAAAGAAAGAAAGAACGAAUUAAAGAGAUAGACAAAGGGAGAGCGAGACAGAGCGGGAAACAGAGAGAGACAAAAGCUGAUGAAGAGGACCAGCAGUUAAAAACAACCAAAGAACUUAAAGCACAAAAGCAUUUGGCCGUGCGGAUAUGAAUGAACCUGAAAGAUGAUCGAGAGUAUUAUCAGGUCAGAGAGAUCAUUUUAUGAGAUGGACCUGAUAUUUCACUGAGCUCUUUUUAUUACUGAUUAAGCUGAUGUGAGACUAUAUAGAGGAUUUGUGCACUGUGAUGGAGAGUACUGGAUGAGGUGAAGGCACACUGCAGGUAGAUUUCUUAGAGACUUGCAGGUCUAGUUGUUCAUUAGGUCUACUAAUUUAUUAAAAGAUAUAAGAAAAUUGCGCAGCAAUAUGUUAAUAUGAUUCUAAAAAAAUUCUAUAGGUUUAUUCUACAGAAUUUCAGACUAUUUAAUGUAAGUAAUCAGAUUUGUUUGUCGACUUUUUCUAGUAACUAAUUAGUCCAGCACCAUAACUAAAAGCAUUAAGUGAUGUUACAAAGUAUGUAACAUGAUGUAAGUAGAGAGCUAACUUGUGCGCCAGCAUUUUACUUCCAGUUCCUCUUUUUUCUACUGCUGAGUCUGAGUGUUCUCCUCUGCUUGCUGCCCUGUUCUCUGUUCCUUUUUUUAAAAAACUAUAUUUCUUUUUCUUAAAGGGUUAGUUGACCCAAAAAUGAAAAUUAUGUCAUUAUUUACUCACCCUCAAUGUCAUUCCACACCCGUAAGACCUUUGUUCAUCUUCGGAACACAGAUUAAGAUAUUUUUGAUAAAAUCCGAUGGCUCAGCAAGGCCUGCAUCGCCAGCAAUAACACUCCCUUUUUCAAUGCACGGAAAGCUACUAAAAACAUAUUUAAAACCAUUCAUGUGACUAUAGUGGUUCAAGCUUAAUAUUAUAAAGCGAUGAGAAUACUUUUUGUGCGCCAAAAAUAACAAAAUAUUGACUUUAUUCCACAAUAUCUAGUGAUAGGCGAUUUCAAAAUGAUGCUUCAUGAAGCUUCAAAGCUUUACGAAUCAUUUAUUUCGAAUCAGUGGUUCAGAGUGCCAAAAUCACAUGAUUUUAGUAAACGAGGCUUCGUUACGUCAUAAGUGUUUUGAAACUUCAAUAGUUCACAUGACUUUGGCAGUUUGAUACGCGCUCCGAACCACUGAUUCGAAACAAAAGAUUCAUAAAGCUUUGAAGCUUCAUUAAGCAGUGGUUGGAAAUCGCCCAUCACUAGAUAUUGUUGCUGUUUUGUUAUUUUUGGUGCACAAAAAGCAUUCUCGUCGCUUUAUAAUAUUAAGGUUGAACCACUGUAAUCACAUGAACUGUUUUAAAUAUGUUUUUAGUAGCUUUCUGGGCAUUGAAAAAGGAAGUGUUAUUGCUGGUGAUGCAGGCCUGACAUAAUUUACAUUUUUGGGUGAACUAACCCUUUAAAUGCUUCCCUGUUCCCAUCUUAUUCCCCAGACAGCAACAUAGUGUGGCUCAGAUCCGGCCCACAUCUGGUACAUGUAGAUUACAUGCGGGCCAGAUGUGGGCCGGAUCUGGGCCAACAUGAUGUUGCUGUCAGGGUCCUCACACAAAAUGAGAGCUGUCUGUGUGCCAACUGUGCAUAAAACCUAAAAAAAAAAAAAAAAAAAAAACUGCAGUCCCAAAAUAGAAGAAAAUCUAGAUUAUCUUACUUUGGGAAUCUAGUGUUGACAUCCUGUACUCCCCACUUAAGAUAUUACACAUACCCUUACUAUUAACAUAUGCUAGCAUUCAAAAGUUUGGGGUCAGUAAGAUUUCUUUAUUUUUUAAAAAUGAAAUUAACGCUUUUAUUCAGCAAGGAUGUAUUUUUGUGGAAACCUGAAAAAUCACAAUUUCCACAAUAAUAAGUAGCACAACUGUUUUCAACAUUAAUGUUAAAUAAAUGUUGAAGCACCUAAUUGGCAGAAUGAAGGAUCAUGUGACACUGAAGACUGGAGUAAAGGCAGCUGAAAGUUCAGCCUUGCCCUCACAUUUAAAUACAUUUAAAUAUAUAUUAAAAUAGAAAAAAAAAACUAUUUGUAACAAUAUUUCAUAAUAUUACUGUUUUUGCUGUAUUUUUGAUCAAAUAAAUGCAGCCUUGGUGAGCAUAAGCGACUUUUUUCAAAAACAUUAAAAAACCUUACCGACUCCAAACUUUUGAACACAAAAACAGAAUUUCAUGUGCAAACUGCACUUUCUGUAGGUCCUGUAACAGGAGCCCGUGGGUCUUCCUGACACUCAUGAAUGUAUAUGGUGCGAAUUCCUUUUGGAAACAUGUACUUUCUGUGUAGCAAACAAGAUUCUCUAUCCCUCCUCUGAUUUCAUGUGCUGAGAUGAGUGCACAGUAUCUUCUGCAAGUGCGUGUUUGCAUUAGGGAGUGUGUGCACAGACAGAGAAGACAAAAAUGUCUGUAAAUGUGUGUUUUUGAAAAAAAGACAAGCACAAAGCCAAGGCAAAAGCGAUGUGUUGUAUUUUAUUAUUUGUGAAGACAUUUCCCCAUUUUUUUGUAAUAUAUAAAGGUGAUUUGACUGGUGAAGGAUAUAAAUGACAUCAUUAAGUCUUUUAAUGUUGCACAUUGGAAAGGCUAAUGGAAUAAACUAUGUAUAUAGGUGACAUGCACAAAGUACAGUUCAAAAGUAUUGGUUUUGGUAUUUCUUGAUUGAUCAAAUGCAAACAGCCAGCGUUUCAGUACUGUACUGUCUAAACACAAUCAUAGACCGUAACGUUGAUAUUAAGCAACUGAUACAACCAUGAUUGAGACAUAAAAAUGGUAUAUUGAAAGUCCACACAGCUUUGUGUGAACCAGUACAAUAUAACGUUCUACCUCAAGAACAGGGUACCUCAGUCUGACCUUUUCUCCCUUUUGCAUAUUUUGUAUACCUUAUAAAGCUCUCAAACUUGGAGCAUUUUUUUAUUUUUCUAAAUAAAAGAACAAGAAGAAAAAAAGAAUUAGCGCAAGGCACCAACAUUACCUGCUUGUUCUGGCGAAAGAGGUUUCAGACCCCUGCAUCAGAAACUGAUCGUUGCUUUAUGGACCGUUUGAACUCUUGAGGUUAAUACAACUCUUGGGCAACAUUUGUGUUGACAGUACUUUGUUUCUUGCAGUUUAUGUUUGUACUGAAAUAAUCGUCUUGACAGAUACACGUAUAUGAUGUCUAAGAAUACAGCUUAAUCCAACCAUACGUAGUGUUCUUCAACCUGUAUAGGCAAUUUUAGAAGCAAGACAUUGUUACUUCUGUUACAAAUGGCUCUGUAAUUUUUAUUAUCUGUGUUUUUGGACAAUGGAUGUCAUAUCUAACACGUCGGUUUUGAAUUUUAUUCUAACACCAUAUUUGUGUGAGGUUUAGUAUAGGGAUAAGCUAUAGUUUACUGCUGAAUGUUAGUGUAAUGAUAUUAGACACGAUUGAAUUUGAUCCUCUCAAUUUGGGUUUCUGUAGUAAAAUUUUGCUGUGUCAAACUGGAGGGAUCUCCAGCUGUCUCAAGACCAUCUCUUCUCAUAUCAUUUUCAAAUACAACGUGUACAUGAAACAUAAUCUUUGCUGUAUUAUUUCUGCAGCUGUCUUUCUUUUCAUGUUCAAAAUGUCUUUUUAGACCACUUGUACCGUAAAUACAUUUGGGUGUUGGAUAAGGCUAUCCCUUUAAUGCUGAUCUGAGAUCAACUCUUAUAAUAACAUCAUGUAAUGUAGAUGAUGUAAAUAAUAAACAAACAAAUUUCAGAUCUGAGCAAAAGGGGGGCAUAUUCCAUUGGUAUACUCUGGGCUCUAGCCAAGCUUGGGUGAGUUGGGGACAAUAAGAUCCUGAGCGAACACUCAUGAAUACACUUUUAUGUUUCCUGGAAGGGUCUCACCACCCUCCUCAUGGAUAUGAGCAAUAAAGAGUCUUUAAAACAA